AUGCGGCAGCUGAAAUUUCACGAGCAGAAACUUCUAAAGAAAGUGGAUUUGCUGGAGUGGAAGGGAACAUCCACACAGAAAGAACAAAUGACCACAAGUAAAUAUUUCAUAGAGGACAGAGAGACGUACGUAAAAUAUAAUAUUAUUGUAGGAAAAAUAAGAAGACUAGCACUCGCACUGGCAAAGUUAAAUGAUAAUGAACCAACCAAACAAAUAAUAACCAGGGAGUUAACGAAUAAAUUAUACACAUUGGGUAUAAUAAACACAAAAACCCUUUUAGAGUGUGCUAAAGUAAGUGUGGGCUCAUUCUGUAAAAGAAGACUUUCUACCUUAUUACCACGCAUAGAUAUGGUACAGGACAUAAAAACAGCAGUUACUUUCAUAAAGGAUGGACAUGUAAAAUUAGGUAUAGACACAAUAACAGAUCCAUCCUUAAUUAUAACCAGGGCAAUGGAAGACUAUAUUACAUGGAGAGACCAAUCAAAAGUAAAGGAAACAAUAUCAGCAUUUUAUGAGGAUAAAUAA